CUCAUGUCGAUAAUUGCAAUCUUGUUGCGAGUCUCGAAGCCAAUCUUCUACCGAAUCGUCUCACAAAGACGAGCUGUUUUGCAGAUGAAAUAGAGGGAGGACCCGGCACAGUGGGAACAACAGCAGCAGUUCCAGAAGCAAGCACAAAGCAAGAGCUGAAGUUUGCUCUGAUCGUGAUGAACGAUGGUCUAUGCACCUGCAAUGCAGUUGACGGAACCAACAUGACAUGUGGCGGCCUGUGGAAUAAUCGUGGUGCACAAUCAGACUCUACGCACUAUUUUGAUGACCGUACCGAUGCUAUUAGUGUGAGCUGCACGAGCACGUGCAGGGAAGAUACAAAAGAAACCAGGAUCCCGAAAGAGGCGGAGUGCGGUAGUCCGGGAGCUGAUGUGGACGUUGACAGUUGUAGGGACGCUGAUGAUAGACGAGAUUGUCAUGGUGGUC